UCCGAGAGUUGCAUCUCCUCGGCGAGGAUUCUGCAAAGUUUCCAGAACGUUGAUUCAUUUCCAUUAAACUGUCCACGCCCCGCGACGCGCUAUCCCUCUCCUUCUCCCACUCCUCGUCCUCGUCCUCGUCCUCUUCUUCGUCGUCGUCGACCUCGUCCUCCCAGCACCAGCACCGCCCUAUAGGACUUUCCGGGGUCUUCCUCCUGUCGGCCACCUCUCUCAGGCCUUCCGCGAGGUUCUUCUGGUGGCCCAAGAUGUUGGACAUAUUCCGCGGCCUCAAGAACCUCGUCAAGAUCUCCCACAUUCACAUCGACUCUGCCGUCUUCCGGCUCCACUACAGCAUCACCGUCAUGCUGCUCAUCGCCUUCUCCUUGAUCGUCACCACCAGACAAUACGUCGGCAACCCCAUCGACUGCAUCCACAGCAAGGACAUACCCGAAGACGUCCUCAACACCUACUGCUGGAUCCACAGUACGUACACCAUCACCUCGGCCUACAAGAAGAAGCAGGGGUACGAGGUCCCAUAUCCUGGGAUCGACAACUCCAAGUCUCAUCCCGAUAGCGAGAGGAAGGUGUACAGGUACUAUCAGUGGGUCUGCUUCAUGCUGUUCCUCCAGGCGAUCCUAUUCUACACUCCCCGGUGGUUAUGGAAGGGCUGGGAGGGCGGCAAGAUCCACGCUCUCAUGAUGGACCUGGACAUCGGUAUCUGCUCCGAGGUUGAAAAGAAGCAGAAGAAGAAGCUGCUUUUGGAUUACCUGUGGGAGAAUCUGCGUUAUCACAACUGGUGGGCGUACAGAUACUACCUCUGCGAGGUGCUUGCUCUGCUGAACGUAAUCGGCCAGAUGUUCCUGAUGAAUCGGUUCUUCGAUGGGGCCUUCCUGACGUUCGGCAUCGACGUGUUACGGUUCCUCGAGUCCGACCAAGAGGACCGGAUCGACCCGAUGAUCUACGUCUUCCCCAGGAUGACCAAGUGCACUUUUUACAAGUAUGGAGUCAGCGGGGAGGUCGAGAGGCACGACGCGGUCUGCAUUCUGCCCUUGAACGUCGUCAACGAGAAGAUUUACGUCUUCCUGUGGUUCUGGUUCCUCAUUCUCGGCACCCUCACUUUCUUCACCGUCAUAUACAGGGUUGUGAUAAUUUUUUCGCCGCGAAUCAGGGUCUACCUGUUGCGACUGAGGUUCCGGCUGAUUCGCCGAGAAGCGGUGGAAACAAUAGUUCGCCGCAGUAAAAUGGGCGACUGGUUUCUUCUCUAUAUGUUGGGAGAGAACCUGGACACCGUCAUCUACAGGGACGUCAUGCACGACCUGGCGAACAAACUCGCCUCCAGACAUCAACACAGCGUGCCUGGGGUCAAAGGCCAGUUGCAGGAAGCCUGAUCCAGGGAGCCUUCGUCCUCGUCGAGUCGCGAAGGACGAAGGAUCAGCGUCGACUCGAGCGGCUCGCCUCGCGAUCGCAUUUCGCAA